GCAGACAUGAGAGUUAGCGAAAUGAAAGGAUUGCUUCUCUAUGACCAACAAUGUAUCAGCUGAUCAGUUCAAACAGCAGACAGAAUGAGGUUUAUCAGUUGCUUCUUGUGUAUGUUGUAUGUGUGCACAAUGUAUGCCGAGGUCAUCUACACUAACAUUUGGGCUCUACAUUUGAAUUGCACUCCUGAACAAAUCAACAAGAUUGCAAAGAAGCAUGGUUUCCAUAACCUGGGAAAGAUAUUUCCAGAUGGCAACUAUUACCAUAUGGAGCAAAGACAGGUGGCAAAACAAUCAUUGCAGGCACACUAUUUGCAUAAUCUUAUAUUCAAAAUGGACCCUAAGGUGCUUUGGUUUGCACAGCAAUCUGGAAGGAGUAGAAAGAGAAGACACUCUUUCACAGUACCGACUGAUCCAUUUUUCAGUCAGCAGUGGUACCUGAGUGAGGCCUUUGAUCAGAAUGUGGUGGCUGCAUGGGCUCGAGGCUACACAGGAAAAGGGGUGGUGGUGUCCAUCUUAGACGAUGGCCUAGAGGCAAGCCACCCAGACAUUGCUGAAAAUUAUGAUCCACAGGCUAGCUAUGACAUGAACGAUAAUGACCCCAACCCAGACACCCAAUACACUCUGACCAGACCAAAGAGGCAUGGAACACGGUGUGCUGGGGUGGUGGCAGCGGUGGCAAAUAAUGGGGUGUGUGGGGUUGGAGUGGCAUAUCAGGCCAAGAUUGGAGGAGUUCGGAUGUUGGAUGGACAAGUGACUGACCUGAUAGAAGCCAUGUCCUUAAAUUUGAAUCAGCAACACAUUGACAUCUACAGCUCCAGCUGGGGACCUGAAGAUUUGGGGACGAAUUUGGAGGGGCCAAACACAUUGGCCCAAGAAGCCUUUAUCAGAGGCAUUACCAAUGGCCGAGGUGGCUUGGGUUCCAUUUACGUCUGGGCUUCAGGCAAUGGGGGCGCCAGCUUUGACAACUGCAACUGCGAUGGCUACACCAACAGCAUUUACACGUUGUCUGUUGGUAGUACCACUGAGAGGGGAACACUGCCCUUCUACAGUGAACCCUGCUCUGCCAUUCUAACAACGACUUACAGUGGUGGCAGCUUUCAUCACCGCAAUAUUGUCACCACCGACCUGCAUCAAUCCUGCACCUCAGACCAUACUGGGACCUCUGCCUCUGCCCCUCUGGCUGCUGGGAUCAUUGCACUGGCUCUGGAGGCAAACCCGACACUUAACUGGCGUGAUGUGCAACACCUCGUGGUGCGAGCAUCUAGACCGGUAGAUCUUCGAACGCAUGAUUGGCGGACCAAUGGUGUUGGAAGACCUGUCAGCCAUUACUAUGGAUAUGGGCUACUGGAUGCAGGGAGACUGGUGGAGUUGGCCAGUAAAUGGAAAGCAGUCAAACCUAAAAGGAAAUGCACCAUUGACCUUAUUACCAGAGCCAUUGAACUCCGCAGGAAACUGACAUUGAGGUGGAAUGUGACAGCUUGUCACGGCACCAGAAACUGGAUUCGGUCUCUGGAGCACAUCCAGGCCCGUCUUACACUGACCUAUAGCAGACGUGGAGAUCUCUCCAUCACCCUCAUUAGCCCAAAGAAGACCAUCUCCAAUUUACUCACAACCAGGCCUUACGAUAAAAUGUCUACAGGUUUCUCAGACUGGACCUUCAUGAGUACACACUGCUGGGAUGAGGAUCCCUGCGGAUAUUGGGUUCUACGGAUAGAAAACAAUGGAGAUUCAACCAACAGAGGUACACUGACAAAAACAAAUAUGUUUCAAUUUGAGGUAACUUCAAUAACACAGCGAGUGUCUUAA